AUGUCUGAUCUCAAAGCCUCGGUUGCCGCAACGGCCUCCGGGUUUCAUGUCGAGGGUUAUGAAAAGAUCGAAUACGACUUCACCUUCAUUGACGGAGUCUUUGACACGAAGCGAAGUGACCUGGCCGACUGCUACAUGCGGUGGGGCCGGUGCCUCGCCGUGAUGGAUUACAACAUCUUCAACAUCUACGGCGAGCAAAUGCAGAACUACUUCGAUCACUACAAGAUUGAUCUCGACAUUCACAAGACCAUGAUCGGAGAGAAAGCCAAGUCCAUUGAUACUUUCUUGAGCAUUGUUGACUCGAUGAACAAGUUUGGAAUCUACAGAAAGGAACCUGUACUAGUCAUUGGGGGUGGACUGGUCACCGAUGUUGCUGGUUUUGCCUGUGCUGCCUACCGCAGAAACACCAACUACAUUCGCAUUCCGACGACUGUCAUCGGGCUGAUUGAUGCGUCCGUGUCCAUCAAGGUCGCCGUCAACUACGGCAAUUACAAGAACCGCCUUGGUGCCUACCAUGCUCCCAUGCGUACAUUUCUCGACUUCACGUUUCUCCAGAUGUUGCCCAAAGCCCAGAUCCGCAAUGGAUUUGCUGAGCUGAUCAAAAUUUCCACAUGUGCUCAUCUACCAACUUUCGAGUUACUCGACAAGUUCUGCGAGCAGCUGAUCGACUCUGGUUUUGGCCGGUGUGACGGUGCACCCGACGAGGUGCGACAGGCGGCCGACUCCAUCAACCGGGCUGGCAUCCAUGAGAUGCUCAAGCUUGAGACGCCCAACCUUCAUGAGAUCGGACUUGAUCGGGUCAUCGCCUAUGGCCAUACAUGGUCACCUCUGCACGAGUUGGUCCCAGAGGUCCCGCUCCGCCAUGGACAUGCGAUUUCCAUAGACAUGGCUUAUUCGGCGACUUUGGCCAACAUGCGUGGCAUCCUUAACGACACGGAUCACCAGCGAAUUUUGCGCCUUUUCUCACGAGCGGGAUUGUCCAUGGAUCAUCACCAGUUCAACGAAGAAAUUCUCGACAAAGGGACCAAAGCAAUCCUGAGAACUCGAGACGGAAAACUUCGAGCUGCAGUGCCGGCUCCGCUCGGGGCGUGCAUUUUCCUGAACGAUGUGUCCAUGGAUGAAAUGUACGCUGCACUCAAACGACACAAAGCCUUGAUGAAAAACUUUCCUCGCAGCGGAGAAGGCAUUGAAGCCUUUGUUGACGCGAGCGAUACUGGGUACACGGUGAACAACAAGCCAGUGGAGACGAAUGGCGUGUUGUCCGCCGGACUGAAGUCGUUGAAUGUUCUUAACGACGACGUUCACAAGAAUGGGGUCCAAGCCAACGGCCACAAUGGGAAGAUUGCAAAUGGGGUGUCAACCGCUACGAAGCAUGCGUCGGAUCCUGAAAAAGCUGACUGUCUCAUUGAGGGGAUCAGAGGCCAGGCCGUCAACCACCAGCACGGAAAGUCAUACAGGACUAUCGCCGAGUUUAUCGACUUCAAGGCGCGAACUUCUCCCGAGAUACCAGUCCUGGGCUUGUACGAGGUCAUGCAAAGGCCCUCACACGAAUGGACACCGCAUAUCUUGACGUUCAAGGACGUCCACACGGCGAUCAAUCUGGCCGCUGGGGCGUUAUCGAAAACGGUUCAUGUACCACACGGACAAACGGUGGCGCUUCUGUGCCCCAGCUCUCCUGGUCUUUUGUUUACAUGGCUUGGCCUCGCUUGGUUGGGACACCCGAUCCUUCUGGUUGCGCCUCAAUGCUCUCCGUCUGCGAUCGCGCAGUUGUGCAAGUCCUGCGAGGUAGAAUUGAUCUUGUACGAGGAGCCUUACGGGGACCUGGCGGCGAAAGCCUCGCAUGAGGCAUCACAGAUUGGGGAUAGAUCUCUUACCACCCACGCUGUUCCUUUCGCAGCAGAAAAUCCCUUCCGACUCAUCAAGCAUCCUCCUAGUGGUUCUCCGGUCCCUGCAGUCAAUGUUCGAGAGACUGAUGUGGCGUAUCUCCAUCACACUUCCGGCACAUCCAGCGGUGUUCCCAAGCCCAUUCCACAAACACACAAGGCAGCGGUCGGGGUGCUCCCGAUGCUCGAUGGCGCAACGCACGCGACCUUCACCACCACACCACUCUACCACGGCGGUGUCGCCGAUUUGUUCCGUGCUUGGACCAGCAAUGCUCUGAUCUGGCUCUUUCCGGGAAAGGACCUUCCCAUCACCGCUGCAAACGUUUGCACAUGCCUCGACGUUGCGUCCGCGUCGGCGCAAGGCGGAAUGGCACCAGGGACAAGGUAUUUCUCUUCGGUGCCGUACGUUUUGCAAAUGGUCGCGGAUGACAAGAACGGCCUAGAGCAUCUCAAAAGAAUGGAUAUCGUGGGCGUGGGAGGGGCAGCUCUCCCUGCCGGAGUUGGGGACAGCCUUGUCAAGCAUAACAUCAACCUGAUAUCGCGAUUCGGCAGCGCCGAGUGCGGGUUUCUCAUGUCCUCUCAUCGGGACCAUGCAAAGGACAAGGAAUGGCAGUAUCUCAGAGCCGCACCGGAUGGCGAGUUUCUCCAGUUCGUGCCCAGGGACGAGGGCCUUUCCGAGCUCAUCAUCCGACCUGGCUGGCCUCACAUGGCCAAACGCAACCGAGACGACGGCGCCUUCGCCACCGCCGACCUGUUCGCACCCCACCCGACCAUCCUCGACGCAUGGCGGUAUCACUCUCGUGCGGAUUCGCAGCUGACGCUCAUCACCGGCAAGAAAUUCGACCCGGCACCUCUCGAGGAUGCCAUUCGAGCGUCAGCUUCCUCGGUUAUAGAAGACGUCUUCAUAUUCGGCAACGGCAGACCGUACCCAGGAGCCUUGCUGUUUCCUCGUGACACCGCCCGUAUGAGCAACAGCGACCUCAUCCGCCAACUAGUGCCCGUGGUCGAAGCCUUGAACCACCAGAGCCAGAGCCACGCACGGAUACCGAAAAACAUGCUCGUCCCGAUGGACCAUCUCGAUCAAGGACUGGAGAAGAGCAGCAAAGGCACGAUUUUGAGGACUAAGGCUGAAGAAAGGUUCGCAGAGACAAUUGCAGCUGCGUACGCGGAAGAGGAACUUCCCAAGGGUACUGGUCCAGAGGUGCCGGAUGAUGAAAUACCCGCGAGGAUUCGUGACAUUGUCGAAGGGGCCGUUGGCGAAGGGAGCCAUCACUGUUACGAAAACACCCAAGCCCCCUUGACGGAGCAGACAGAUCUCUUUGCAUAUGGAGCCGACUCUGUCGCGUGCAUCCAAAUCCGCCGUGCUCUGUCUCAACUACUGCCUCAAGGCUCAAGCUUGCCGUUGACCGUGGUCCAAGACACCGGAACCAUCGCAGGCCUGAGUGAUCUUGUCCUUCGCAUGCGGUCGGCAAAAGCAGGCGACGAAAUCAAAGCGCAGGGGCAAGACGAACAGAACCAGAGCCGGCAUCAGCUGAUGCAGGACUUGGUCAACGAGUAUAGUGUCUUCGAGGAGCCUGCGUCCCAGCCAUCCUCCUCUCAAACUCCACCUCCCACACGGAACCGAACACAUCGCAAGCCAGCUCAAUGCACAGGAAAUGAAAAGGGCAUCCAUGUCCUUCUCACCGGUCCGACUGGCUCUCUAGGCGCACAUAUCCUGCACCAACUGCUGUCCGACCCUUCCAUCUCGACAAUCCACCUGCUCGUCCGCGGCGCCACAGCUACAGCCUCGCGUGAACGUGUCUUGAAAGCGUUGUCCUCGCGCCGUCUUUCCGUCCCGGCGUCCUUCGAUGCCAAAACACAAAUCCACCGCUGCAGACUCUCGGACGCCAGACUCGGACUGUCCGACGAGGGGUAUCAGCGGUUGGCGGAGGACGUGGACGUGAUCGUCCAUUUGGCAUGGAGCGUGAACUUCCUCCUCCCGCUCCGUGCGUUUGCGCAGACUCACCUCGCGGGAACCAGGAACUUGAUCAAUCUGGCUCUCUCCUCGGCAAAAGGUAACGAGCCACCGCCGAGAUUUAUAUUCUGCUCCAGCGUGGCAGCCGUAUCAGCCUACCCUUCCAUGACUUCUCGUCCAGCCACAAUACCCGAAAAGGUCCUCUCGGACCCCGCCGUGGCCGGCCCAACAGGAUACGCUCAGUCGAAAUGGGUCGCCGAACAUAUCUGCCAACGUUCGGUGCAGCAGAUCCAUCGGCUGAGAAACCGCAUCUCCAUUGCCCGGGUGGGACAGUUGGCCGGGGCAAGAGACACGGGCGUGUGGAGCGCCAGCGAAGCGUAUCCUCUGAUGCUGAGCAGCCUCAAGACUACCGGGUGUCUACCGGACUUGGACGGCGCGAGGAGGGACCAGGGCCAGCGGGAAGGAGAGGUCCUCGCCUGGCUCCCGGUUGACGUCGCCGCGAGGGCAUUCGUGGAGGAUAUACGCCACGGCAACGACCAUCCAUCGGCUUGUCAAGCGCAGAGUCACGUCAAAGACAUCGCCGCGCCAGCAGAGGCGGAGGGAAAUUGCUCGGGAGCGGGAGAAGGGGAUGGGCUUGCGGUCCAUCACGUCCUCAAUCCAUCCAGCAGUGCCACUUGGUCCGACCUCCUGGCCUGGCUCGCGCCGCGGCAAGCCUUCGAAACCGUCCCCGUCCACGAAUGGCUUUCCCGCUUGUCAAUUUUACAGGACAGCAACCACCCGGAAAGGCGCAACCAUCCAGCCCUGCGACUGCUGGGGUUCUGGGAAAAGGCGUACGGUGCUCCGGGGAAGAUAUCCAAGGCAACAGUGGCCCCGGCAGCGAAGACGGAAGAAGAGACGCUACAAAGAACCAGGAGUUGUCACAGCAGACCGAAGUCCACUUGGAACCUCGAAGGCGAGCGGCAGAGCAGGGACGAGCACAAGGGAGUACCUGCUGUACACUUCGAAAUGGCAAAAACAUUCGACCGCAUGUCCUCGCUCAGAGACUCAGAAGGGCUGGUAGAUGAGGAAUACGUCUCGAAGCUGUGGGAAUGGAUCGUGCAAGACAUCUAA